ACAUCUGUCAGGGUCCACGUUGGCAUCAACUUGCUCUGAAAUUUGGCUGUGCUGGAGUUACUCUUCUUGUCUUAACUGUGAUCGGGUUGACUAUUUCAGAGAGCCCGGGUCUGUCAGAGUGCCCGGUACCUUGGCUGUCACUCCAAAAGAAAUGCUUGCUUUUUUCUGAUGAUCUCGACCUUUGGAAUAACAGUCUAUCCUACUGUUCCGCAAAAGAAUCCAGUUUGCUUCUUAUUCAGGAUCAAGAAGAAUUGAGACUGAUACAGAAACUGAUAAAGGAUACAGCAAUUAACUUUUGGAUUGGAUUAAAUUUUACAUUAUCAGAGAAGAAUUGGAAGUGGAUAAAUGGCUCUUUUUUAAAUUCUGCUAUGUUAAAAAUUAAAGGUUAUGCUGAAGAAAACAGCUGUGCUUCCAUCUCAAAAACAGAGGCUUAUUCUGAAGACUGUGAUGCAGAUCAUAAAUGGAUCUGCCAAAAAGAACAAAAUCCUGUCAUAAAUAAAAUUUGUCCUGACUCUUGA